AAAAAAAAAAAAACAAGCAAGACGGAUGAUGAGGAUGUGUUAUAUUGUCGACCAGGUUUAUCGUCGAGUGGCCAACGAGUUCCGUUGAAUUUAGCCAGACAACCGGUGAAUCAACAUGAACAACACCGGGAGCUUGUUGGCCCUUGGAAUCAUCAUAGUAUCAUUUGGCCAAACAAUACACUCUUAUUCCAAAGACAAUAAAACGAUUGAUAAUUUGAAUAAAAAUCCAUCAAAUUGGACAUCUAGUCAUCAUCAUGUUGAACCAGUUCACAAGUCAUUAAAUUUUUUUGAAUGGAGUGAAUGGUCAGUAUGUGACAGAAGGUGUCGUCAAAAUCGUGUAAAACGAUGUCGAGUCAAGAAAAAAUGUGGAAACAACAUAUUAAAGGAAGAACGAAGUUGCAAUCACAAAAAAAACGGGCGAAGACGGAUGUGCAGUCAACGACAAAGAAAGGUUGAUGAUAAUCAUGUCACUGAGCCUUUUCAUGUUGUCCAGGUGCCAAAUGAUGCAAAACCCAGACAAGGUGGUAGACGUGAAAAAAAAAAAAAAAGAAAAAAACCACGAAGUCGUCUUAAUAAAUACAGUAGAUGGACAAAAUGGUCACAAUGCUCAAAAACAUGUAUGACUCAACGACAUCGCUGGUGUAAAAAACCAGGUAUCUGUGAGCAAGAUGUCAUACGAGAAAGUGCAUAUUGUUAUGUUGAAGGAAGUUUUUGUCAAAAAUGGAUUCACAGAAGAAUCAAGGGUAGUCAUGAUGAUGAAAAUGAUGAUUCUCCUCUAGAUGAAUUUGAAUUAAAUCCAAAUACAAUUGAAAAUUAUGGUGUACAAAAAAAUUCAGAUACAUGGAAAUGUGGUGUUGUUGGAAAUGGUAAAAUAUCAAGAUUAUCAUAUUUUACAAGAAUCAUUGGUGGUCAUCCAGCAAUACCAGGAAGUUGGCCUUGGCAAGUUGCAGUACUUAACAGAUAUAAAGAAGCAUUUUGUGGUGGAACACUUGUAUCACCAAAAUGGAUAUUAACAGCAGCUCAUUGUAUUAGAAAACGUUUAUAUGUACGUCUUGGUGAGCAUGAUUUAACUGUUAAAGAAGGUACAGAAAUUGAAUUUCGUGUUGAUGCUGUUGUAAUACAUCCACAAUAUGAUGCUGAUACUGUUGACAAUGAUGUUGCAUUGUUACGUUUACCAGUAACAUUAAAUCCAUCAACAACACGUGGUAUUGCAUGUUUACCAGCAUCAAAACAACCACUUCCACCAACAAAUCAAUUAUGUACCAUUAUUGGAUGGGGUAAAUCACGUGCAACUGAUGAUUUUGGUACUGAUGUUCUUCAUGAAGCAAAGAUACCAAUUGUUUCAAUGGAAAUGUGCAAAGGUGUCUAUGUUGAUUAUCGAAUAACUGAAAAUAUGUUUUGUGCUGGAUAUCCAAAAGGAAGAAUGGAUUCAUGUGCUGGUGACAGUGGUGGACCACUUUUAUGUACUGAUCCUAAAAAACCUGAUCAUCCAUGGACUGUUUUUGGUAUAACAAGUUUUGGUGAAGGAUGUGGUAAACGUGGAAAAUUUGGAAUUUAUUCACAAGUUACUAAAUUUGUUGAUUGGCUAUCAAAAGUCAUGAAAGAAAAUUAAAUUAUUUAUAUAUAUAUAUAUUUUUUCUUUUUAUUAAUUUGUAAUAAUAAGUGAUAUAUUAUAAUUUGAUUUUUAAAUUUUUUAAAUAUAUAAAAGUACCUCAAAUUUU